CAGGUGCAGUUCCAGGUGGUCACCUCUAACUGAUCAUGAACAAUUACACCAUGGUCACUGAAUUCAUUCUUCUUGGGCUAACAGACAAGCUGGCAUUUGAAGUGCCCCUCUUCAUGAUAUUUUUCCUGAUCUAUUUUCUGACCCUGGCUGGGAACAUGGGGAUGGUGGUAUUGAUCAGAAUCAGCCCCCGGCUUCAUACCCCAAUGUACUUCUUCCUCAGCAAUCUGUCUAUUGUUGAUGUCUGCUACUCUUCCAUCUUUGCACCGAGGCUCUUGAUGAAUCUAGCACAAUUUAAAACUAUUUCAUACGCUGGAUGCAUCGCUCAACAUUGCUUUUUUGUGGUCUUUGUGAGUACCGAGGGCUUUCUGCUUGCAGUAAUGGCAUAUGACCGCUAUGUAGCCAUUUGUAAGCCAUUGCUCUAUACCACUAUGAUGACCAAAAGGGUCUAUGUCCUGCUAGUAGCAGGUUCAUACCUAGGGGGAAUAGUGAAUUCCCUCACCCACACUUCUGGCUUACUUAUGGUGUCGUUCUGUGCCCCAGGUGUAAUUAACCACUUCUUCUGUGAUACACCAGCUAUGUUGAAAGUUUCAUGCAGUGAUACUCAUAUUAAUGAAGUUAUAUUGGUCACCUUCUCUGGAAUAAUUGCUCUUUCUACUCUCCUGAUAAUUAUAAUCUCCUACCUAUGUAUCUUGACUAGUAUCCUAAAGAUGCAUUCUUCUGGGAAUAGAUACAAAGCUUUUUCCACCUGUGCUUCCCACCUAACAGCAGUCACCAUGUUCUACGGGCCAGUUAGUUUAAGCCAUUUGCAACUCAGCUCUGUGUACAUUCAGCAACAAGAAAAGAUCUCAGCUGUGUUCUACACGCUGAUAGUCCCCAUGCUGAAUCCAGUGAUCUACAGUUUGAGGAACAAAGAGGUAAAAAAUGCCUUGAAGAAAAUGAUUAAUUGUCAAAAAGAAUAAAGAUUUUUGCUGCCCUGG